AUGACGGUGGAGGACACCAUGCGUAUUGGAGAUGGCAGCGCACAUUGUGAUGUUCCGACCACGUUGGCCAGGAACAUCUAUUAUGGCUCUGCGGCCAAUGAUGUUUCUUCCCCUUCCCAGCCUCAUCUAAAAGAUGAACUCAUGUGGGAUUGCAUGAGCAUCCCAUUCCAGUACUCCCUGAAAACAAAGAACAAAAAUCAUCCCUGUAAGGAAGGCUCCUUCUCCCACACGUAUAACAUCUUUGACAGAUGUGAAGAAUGUCGAUUGUGCAAACAAGAUUAUACUGAGAAAUGUACAGCGACCACAAAUGCGAACUGUUCUUGCCGCUCUGGUUUCCUGUGCUCCAACAAUAUGUGUUCAAAAUGUGAGGAAAACAAAUGUGUCACAGGGGAGAAACCACUGAGGACAGGGUUGAUCGAGUAUUCAUACCAGUGUAAACCUGCAUGCCUUGAAAAAGAAUAUUAUGAUGUGAAAAUGGAUAUCUGCAAGCCAUGGACACAGUGCAAUGUGUUGGGACUCAGAGAACAGUUUCCAGGGAACAAAACCCACAACUCAAUAUGCUAUAGCAAUGAUGGAGAUUUGUUGCAGGUGACUCUUGGCAUCGGCUUCGUUUUGCUUUCUCUAGCUCUUCUUAUGUUAGUAUCUUAUGCCUGUAUAAAGGUCCUAAGGAAGUACAAAGCAGAUAACAAUCCUAUUGACAUUGUAACAGUCUCUACCAACACCUGUGACUUUCACCUGUCAAAAGAGGAGAGUGGGUGCCAGCUCAUCAUUCAGGAUGAAUCCAAGGAUAUGAAUAGUAUGGCCGCACAGCUGCUGGAAAAGUGCUCUGCUCCUGCAGCGGCUCUGGAAGAGUUCUUGUACAGAGGGGAGAAAGACUCCGAUGACCCUCUCAGCUCCCCUAACAAUCCUCUGCAGGGCUUUUUUGUCUGA